GCGGUGACGUCUGCAGCCGACGGAAGUCUCCCUCCUCGAUCACGUGACGCCGGGAGCCGUGCAUAGUGAGGACCACAAUGGCGGCUUCCAUGGCUUGAGGGAGGUCGGGUGCAGCCUUGGGUAAACUGCAGGAUGAAGAUGGGACUUUGUUUCUACAAAGUCUCUGCAGUGAUCACUUCUAUUGGUCCAUCAUGGACAGAUGGAAGGCCACUGCUAGAUUGUUGGUGAUGAUGAUGAGAAGAUUAUUGUUUAGACUGAAUCCUGCGACAUGGAAGUCAUGUAACCAUGAGAUCCGUAUACUGAAAUGGAAAUAUGCUCUUGACUUGAGGCCGAGGCCACGUCCACGUCUACUGGUGCUGCAGCAAAGCUGUUUACCCAGGGAUAUCAACAAAUUCAGCCCAUUGUUCAUCAGGCAUUUUAGCACCAAGAGGAACGGAAUAUUUAAGAAUGCUGCAGUGAAACAAAAGCAGAUAAAGAAAGAAGUGGAAAUAAAGCAAAGAAUGACUGUCUCUGAGCUUGCAGAAGUAAUGGAUAAAGAUACAGAUCAUGUGUAUGAAGCUCUGCUGCACACGAAUAUUGACAUGGACUCCUUAGAUGAUGAUUUUGUCUUGGAUGAAAAAUGGAUAAAAGAGAUCAUAAAAAAGUCUGGAAUGAAGUUUAGAUGGGCAAAACUUUCAGAAGAAAAAGUGAAAGAAAAUAAAGAUGCUGUAAAGAGGCCACCUGCAGAUCCAGCAGCAUUGGUUUCUAGGUCACCCGUAGUUACUAUCAUGGGUCACGUAGACCAUGGAAAAACGACGUUACUUGACAGCCUUAGAAAAACCCAGGUUGCAGCAAUGGAGGCAGGAGGUAUCACUCAGCAUAUUGGAGCAUUCCUUGUGCACUUGCCAUCUGGUGAAAAGAUAACCUUCUUGGAUACCCCUGGCCAUGCUGCCUUUUCCGCAAUGAGAGCCCGUGGUGCUAAUGUAACAGACAUUGUGAUAUUGGUUGUUGCUGCAGAUGAUGGAGUAAUGAAGCAAACGAUAGAAUCAAUUCAACAUGCUAAAAAAUCUAAUGUUCCAAUAAUACUGGCAAUAAAUAAAUGUGACAAACCAGAGGCAGAUCAUGAAAAUGUAAAGAAGGAAUUGUUAGCCCAUGAUGUAAUUUGUGAGGAGUAUGGUGGUGAUGUUCAAUCAAUAAAUAUAUCAGCUCUUAAGGGAGACAAUUUGAUGGCUUUAGCUGAGGCUACUGUUGCUCUCUCUGAAGUGCUGGAGUUGAAAGCGGAUUGCACAGGCCCUGUUGAGGGUAUCAUCAUUGAAUGUCGGAAUGAUAAAGGGAAAGGACCAGUUACCACAGCUAUUAUCCAGCGUGGAACAUUGAAGAAAGGUUGUGUCCUGGUGGCAGGAAAGAGCUGGGCUAAGGUACGAUUAAUGUUUGAUGAAAAUAACAAGCCAAUGAAUACUGCUGGACCAAGUACUCCAGUUGAGAUAGUUGGUUGGAAAGAACUUCCAUCUGCAGGAGAUGAAAUACUUGAAGUGGAAUCAGAGCAAAGAGCCAGAGAGGUUUUAGAAUGGAGAAGCUAUGUCGAAGCACAAGAAAAAAUCAAACAAGACCUUGAGGUGAUUGAAGCAAAACAGAAGGAACACCUUGAGGCAUACAAGAAAGAACGGGAGAGCUUUAGUAGCCUGAACUGGAGACGGAGAAAAUCUGCCAUGUACAAGGCAAAUAAACAUCUAAUGGCAACAAGGCCGAAAGAGAGGAGUGAAUUGGACAAGUUGACACUUCCAAUAAUAGUAAAAGGUGAUGUUGAUGGCUCUGUAGAAGCCAUUCUGAACAUCUUAGAUGGUUAUGAUGCUGAUAAGCAAUGUAACCUGCAAGUGAUCCAUUUUGGUGUUGGAGAUAUUAGUGAAAAUGAUGUAGUCUCAGCUGAGAUAUUUUCAGGUUUGGUAUAUGGCUUUAAUGUAAAUGCUAACAAAGUGGCACAACAGAUGGCUAACAAGAAAGGAAUAAAAAUCAAAUUGUAUAAGGUUAUCUACCAGCUCAUUGAUGACCUCAAGGAUGAAUUGAGUGCCAAAUUGCCUCCAGUGCUUGAAGAAACCGUAAUAGGAGAGGCAUCGGUGUUAGCACUUUUCCGUGUGACAGUAGGAAAAAAGGAGGUUCCUGUAGCAGGUUGUAGAGUCCACAAGGGUCAGUUGCACAGAAAGAUGAAGUUUAAGCUCAUCCGUGAUGGGCAUAUUUUGUGGAGAGGUUCCCUGACUUCUCUCAGACAUCUGAAGGAUGAUGUCCCCAUUGUGAAGACCGGCAUGGAAUGUGGCCUUAGCUUGGAUAAUGAUGAUAUAAAGCUUGGUGAUGAAAUUAUUUGUUAUGAAGAAAAGGAAGUUCCGCAAAAUAUCUCCUGGGAUCCAGGAUUUUAAGCUUAAUUGUUCCCAGGAUCCUUCUUUUAAUUUUUGAAUAUAAUUAAAUUGCACUACCUUUAUAAACUCUAUCCAGUAAAAUGGAUUAAACAGACAAGGUAUGUUUUUGUUGUACUUGAACUACUCUUUGGAAUGCAGACUGCUAAAAAGACUGUUGUUCAUAUGUUUUAUCACUUCUCAUGGAAGUAUCAUUAAGCAUUUUGUAAGGAAUUAAUUUAUUGUUUAGUGGAGCAGUGCAGAAGAUCUUUUGAACAUAACAAGAUCCCCAAAAUAAGUCUGAAAAUAAAAUGACAAAAUCAGUCUAUGACCCAGAAGGUUUCACACCACAGUUUGAAAUACUGUAAGUAUUAUAUUUGAUUUUAGUUGCAUUUUUGAUCAAUUAAAUAUGGUAAAAGUAGAUUGUGCAAAAUGGUAAUGUAUCUGAUAAUGUAUAUAGUGUAAUUUUAGAUUGGAGCUGUGCUCUUGACAAUGACUUGCUAACAGUAAGUUUUUAAUAUAAAGGAUUUGACUCAUGAUAAUCCAAUUUUUGACGAUAAAGAUCUAUAUGAGAGUUGAGCUGCAUCUUGAUCUCCAUUUGUAACUACAGUAUAUGUAGGGGAUCCAUUCCCAGCAUUUUGUCCAUGGGGAUCAUAUGAUUCAGGCCAUGAAAGAGCUUUGAUUGGAAUGGCAACAGGAAGAUAGAGUCAUACUUGCAUGUUUCCCUUUGACCAUUGUUCCACAGAUCCCUCAAUUUGAAAGUGAAAGGGGGAAAAAAUUAGAUUCAAAUCAAUCUUUUUGUAAGUUCAAAAAAUUGUAAUUUUCAAAUUGAUUUCAGUUUAUGUAAGUACAUGAACAUUUGUUAAAUACCUCUUGAAAAUUUAUUACUGCACAAAAUGUUUAUCUCACUUUGACAUUGAUUUUGAUUCCAAAAAUUAGUCAAGUUAAUGUAAAAUUUUGGAAGUGGAGACAUUUGCACAAUAGAGGUGGUGCAUUUGGUUUGUGGAAGAGACAAGUUCUGCCCAAAUUGAGAUGGUGUCAUUAUCUGUUAAACAUUAAAGAAUAACUAUGGGACAUAUAUUUUAAUCACAUCUUAAUUUUGCUGAUGUGUACCUUUAUGACUAUUAGUACUAUGCAAUAUUU